AUGGCUGCUAUUUGUGUGUUCAUAUUGUCCAAGGAUGAGCCGCGUUUUUCAAAUGAUGUUGGUGAUAUCCAUGAAAUGAAGAUUUCGCUUUUGCUUGCAGAGUUGAAAAAGCUGUUUCGGUACUGGGUAAACUUGGUGAUGAAAUAUAUUUUGAAUGUGAUCCACAUGAGGUGCGCGCAUUCACAAAUGGACGAUUCUUCCCUCCAGUUUAGUCUUCGCUGUGUCAACUCAACCCGUUCGGCAUUCGCUGCUGUGCACUUUUCUGAGUGCUUUUUCGAAAAUGCCUCUAAACUUACAGAAACUUCUGUACGCUUCAAGCUAAGCGCCAAGACAUGUUGUAAAGUUUUUAGGCAGAAUAUAGCUUGGGAAAAAGCUCUACAAAGAUGCAAGAUGUGCCUAGAAAAUGACCAAAAUCGACUUAUUGUGCAGUUUUUUCAACGGCAUGGGAUCGUUAAGACCUAUAAUCUCUCCAUCAUUGAAUGUGAGAGUCUUGAGGCCGUGUAUAGCAUAAGUAGCUCCACUUGUCAGAUUGUAAUGUCGUCAAAGGUGGCUAGCGAAAUCAUGCAGAAUUUUAGACCAAGUCAAACUGAAGUGACAAUGGACUUGCAGGAAGGCGAAUGUGUCUUUCGCAACUACGUCCCUGACUCAGAUUUUACUGCUGUCAUCACGCACAUCCCUGUUGCUCCCACUGAGUUCGAGGCUUAUCAGUUAGGUGAAGAAUGCGAUCUUACUUUUUCCCAAAAAGAUUUUCGAACUGCCCUCAUGUUUGGCGAAUCUAUGAACGCUCUAUUUGUUAUUAACUGUAGUCGACCCGGAAAACCCUUGAUUCUUACUUUCGCCGAUGAAAAAUAUUACAAGGCCCACUUUGUCCUCGCGACUCUACCAUUACCCUACUUCACAACUAGAAUACCCUUGAAUUCCAUUAACACUUCACUACAUUCUAGGUCGAAGUCUAACGCCGAUGUGUCGGCCACCUCCCUGUAUGUUAAUUUGUCAUUAAAAUCCAACUUCACUUUCUGCGAAUCCACUUAUUAA